ACCCCCACUGCCCCCAUAAAAAAAAAAAUCCGAGCUCCACCAAACAACCACCGCCUCAAUCUCCAUUCUCCAUCCCUCUCGCCUACCCCCACACACCAUCUCCCUUUCACCGGAGGAUUUCUUUCUUUCCCCACAGAUAUUCCCAAAGAAUCUUCCGUGUUGCUCUCCUCCUCGGAUCCUCUUCCCCUCCUCCGCUCCUCCCAGGCUCCCCCUCACGCUCCAAUUAUUCGUCUCCCUACUGACUUGCUUUGCUUCUCUUUUCUCCCUGUCCUCUCCUCUCGCCCCCUCGUGUUUCUUCCUCCUACCAGCGGAGCACCAGCUGCGCGUUUGUGCCUCGUGCCCUCGUGCCAAGAACUCAAGAAGAACGCCGGAGGUGAGGCUGUCCGGCCGCCGGCGUCAUGUGCGCGGAGGAGCCGGAGGACACGGAAAGGCUCGGUUUUGGAGAGGAAGGGGUCGAGGAGGCUGCCGAAUUCCCCCUGGGUCAGAUGGAGAGAGUUUGUGAAAACACAACUUCUGCUGAUUUCAGGCAGAAUAAGUUAAGCAAUUUUGUUCCAGUGAUCCGAUCAGGAGAUUGGUCUGAUAUCGGAGGUCGGCAAUACAUGGAAGAUGCCCAUGUGUGCAUUCCGGACCUAUCUAAGAACUUCGGUUUCCCAUCAUUAAAUAAUGAAGUUGUUUCCUUCUAUGGGGUAUUUGAUGGUCAUGGUGGAAAAGAUGCUGCCCAUUUCGUGCGCGAUAAUUUACCAAGGGUAAUUGUGGAAGAUUCAGAUUUCCCUCUUCAGCUUGAAAAGGUUGUCAGGAGGUCUUUUAUUCACAUUGAUUGCCAGUUUGCUGAGACAUGCUCUCACCAUAGAGCACAAUCCUCUGGCACAACUGCACUUACAGCAAUGAUUUUUGGAAGGUCACUUCUGGUCGCUAAUGCUGGUGAUUGUAGGGCAGUUCUUUCCCGGUGUGGCACUGCAAUUGAAAUGUCCAUGGACCACAGGCCUUGUAGCCUCACUGAAAAAUUGCGCAUAGAAUCGCUUGGUGGCUAUGUUGAUGAUGGCUAUCUGAAUGGUUUGUUAGGAGUCACCAGAGCUCUUGGUGACUGGCAUCUUGAGGGUAUGAAAGAAGUUGGCGAGCCAGGAGGUCCCCUGAGUGCUGAACCAGAGCUCAAGAUGAUCACAUUGACAAAGGACGACGAGUUCUUGAUAAUUGGCAGUGAUGGAAUCUGGGACGUCUUCUCAAACCAAAACUCUGUGGACUUUGCACGGAGGCGCCUCCAAGAGCACAACGAUGUGAAAGUAUGCUGCAAGGAAAUUGUUGAGGAGGCAAUAAGGCGAGGGGCCAGUGACAACUUAACUGCAGUGUUGGUUUCAUUCCACGUGGAGGCCCCUCCCCAGAUCAAAGUGGACCGUCCCGGUAGGGUGGCACGGAGCAUAUCAGCUGACGGGCUCAAUAGCCUCAGGAUACUCCUGGGAAGGCAAUAACCUAGGUGCUUCGUUGCAUAGCCGAGUUGUAACUGUAUGUAGUCAUCUCGGCGCCUCAUUGUUGUUAGUUGCUACCCGUUGCACGGGUUAUUAUUCUUGUUGGUAAUUGAACCAACAAACUUGCUACUAUUCUUGUUGGUAAUUGGACCAACAAAUUUGAGCUCCAACUUGUAACGAAUUUUAAGUAGAUGAAACUAAACCUUGGAAAGAAGUUGUCAGCUCUCA